AUGCCACACUGCACAGCACUAUCUACCACCUACCACCCCACAAAGCUCAGCACUAUCUACCACCUACCACCCCACACUGCACUGCACAGCACUAUCUACCACCUACCACCCCACAAAGCUCAGCACUAUCUACCACCUUCCACCCCACACAGCACAGUGCUAUCUACCACCUACUAUCCCACACAGCACAGUGCUAUCUACCACCUACCACCCCACACAGCACAGCACUAUCUACCAACAGCACAGCACUAUCUACCACCUACCACCCCACAAAGCUCAGCACUAUCUACCACCUACCACCCCACACUGCACAGCACUAUCUACCACCUACCACCCCACACCGCACAGCACUAUCUACCACCUACCACCCCACAAAGCUCAGCACUAUCUACCACCUACCACCCCACACUGCACAGCACAGCACUAUCUACCACCUACCACCCCACACUGCACAGCAGCACUAUCUACCACCUACCACCCCACAAAGCUCAGCACUAUCUACCACCUACCACCCCACCACAAAGCUCAGCACUAUCUACCACCCUACACAGCACAACACUAUCUACCACCCCACACAGCACAGUGCUAUCUACCACCUACCACCCCACACAGCACAGUGCUAUCUACCACCUACCACCCCACACAGCACAGUGCUAUCUACCACCUACCACCCCACACAGCAUAGUGCUAUCUACCACCUACCACCCCACACAGCACAGCACUAUCUACCACCCUACACAGCACAGCACUAUCUACCACCCCACAGUGAUAUCACCACACAUAGCACAGUGCUAUCUACCACCUACCACCCCACAACACAGCUCAGCACUAUAG